AUGGUCAAGGCUCGCAUGCGCAAGAAGGUGGCGGCCGCCAACCAGGCCGCCACGGAGGUGGACGGCGGGGAUGACCAGGCCGCCUCGAAGGAGGAGGCUGACGCGGAGCUGGACGCGACGAUGUCAUCGCUCGCGGGGCACCAGAAGAGGAAGGUGACGAAGCGGGCCAAGUUCCUGGAGAAGAUACGCGUCGCCACCGCGAAUAAGAUGAAGAAGAGCGGAAAGAAGAAAGGCGCGAGCGCCGCGUUCUCGGACUUUGCCACCCUGGAGUCGACGCUCGGGGACAUCGCGAGGAAGGGCUUGAGCCCGGGCAAGAAGGACAAGGUCAGGGUUCUCAGGGCCAAGGCGAGGACAAAGCUGGCGGCGACUGAAUCGCAGCGGAUGCAGCAGGUGUUGGCGCACCCGACGUUCCAGGAGAACCCCAUCGCCGCCAUCAGCAACCACAUCGCCGCGUCGCUCAAGGCGAAGCCCCCGGAGGAGAAGAAGCUCGCGCCGUCGCUGGAGGCCAAGGCGGAGAAGAUGGCGGGUCGCAAGAAGGGGAAAAAGACAAAGCCGAGCAUCGACGUCAACGACGCGAGCGACGCGGUGGCGCUGGCGACGCAGGCGCGCGCGAGCGAUGCGGCGUCGCGGGGUAUCGGCUUCAGAGGCGGGGACUCGCGCCUCGGCGUGCGGCGGACCAACCAGAAGAAAGGCCAGGGCGGGAAGAAAGGCUCCAAGCGCGGGGAGAAACGCAAAAAGGAGACGUGGUGA